AUGGAAGCCAGACCUCCAAAAGGCCCAGGCAAACAAUUUACAUUUGAUUAUGAAAAUGAAGUCCAUAAACGAGAUUACUUCAUUAAGUCGCCACCCCCUCAGCUCUUCUUCUCUGGGACCUCCUGGAAAAAGCGUCUUUUUAUUCUGUCCCAGAGUCGGGGAAAGGGUCUCAGUCUUUCCUAUUACAAAGAUCAUCAACACAGAGGUUCCAUCGAAAUUGACGGCAGCUCCACUGUAGAAGUUGGUAUAAAUUGCCAGGAGAAGAUGCAAUCUGUGCAGAAGAUGUUCAAGUGCCACCCGGAGGAGGUGAUGUCCAUCAGAACUGUAAACAGGGACUACUUCCUUAUUGGCCAUGACAGGGAGAAGAUUAAAGACUGGGUCUCCUUCAUGAUACCAUACUGCCAGGGUGUAAAAGCAACCCAUCAGAGAGCAGAGGAGAAGCCUUCCCUGGGUGACAGAAGGCCAGUUUCCGACCCCAGUCCUUUCUUGGGUCUCUGCAGCAUACCCGAGGGUAUCAGACUUGCAUCACCGAGGGCCAGUCUUCCAGAGCAUUUAAUACAGAAAAGUCUCCAAAGAUUCCGGCAAGCUCAUCUUCAUCAUGAUCACGGUUUCCACUCAGAACCCACUCAAGAAGAAGAGGAGUACUAUCUCACUCCUCGAAGUUUAGAAGCCUGUUUAGAAGUAGAGAAUAUCACUGGAUCCAAUGAUUCUGGUGACUCCAUUGAAUCCAAUAGUCCAGACCAAGGUUUCAAGAGAGCAGAGAGCAAUUAUGUGUCAAUGAGAUCAAUGAGAUCCUGUCUCCUUAAAGAAUCAACCUCUGCGUCAGCUGACGACAGCCAAGGGGAAUUCCAGACCUCCCCGGAGAUGGCAGAGCUGGGGCCUCCCCACCAGGACCGCGGCACAGGAAGCGAUCCAAGUCUUUCACCUGCCGAUUCCGAAGUCCAGACCACAGAUGACCAAAAGGGGUCCGCCUCACUAACUGUUGUGAAAUUGUCUAUAUUACUCAACAACAUCCCCGAUGAGAGCCAAGUGGAGACACUGAACAUGUUCCUCUCUCCUCGGGAUGCCAUCGACUAUCUCGCUCUGGUAGAAGCAGCAGGACGGAUAUGUGUGGCUCGCUGGGAAGGCCCUCCCCGACUUGGGUGCUUAUUCUACCAUGGAGAUCAUGUCUUGGCCGUGAAUGACCUGAAACCCCAAAGCCUGGAGGAGGUGUCCUUGUUUCUUACCCGAUGUAUUCAGAAGGAGAAAGUGAAACUUUCCAUUGGCCGGAUCCCAAACUCGGAGAAGCUCCAUGCUUCCCCAUGUUCGUGCUCCUUAAGACACCAGUUGGCUGAAUCUGUCCAGCAGGAUUUGCCAGGACUGGAGAGGACACCAAAGAGGAGCCCCGCCAUCAAAAAGAUCCAGAAGGAAGCUGCUGGGGAGUAG